ACCGUUUGCGUUUAUUGUGUUAAGGAUUAAAUAUGGCGAAGUCGGCUGAGGUUUCUAUGAAUGUGUCGGCCAUAAGGCUGAUUGAUAGGCUUGUUGGUGAUAUUGUGGACACAGCUACGCACGUAGUACUUUACGAGUUUAAUGCCCAAACAUACGAAUGGGAAAAGACUAAUGCGGAAGGUGCGCUGUUCAUAUAUAACAGAAACGGUGAUCCGAGGUAUAGCAUUAUAGUAUUAAAUAGACUCAAUACCGAAAAUUUAGUAGAGCCAGUAGACGAGAGUAUUGAUAUACAAUUACAAGAACCCUUUCUUUUGUAUAGAAACUCGAGGAGUGAAAUUCAUGGUAUUUGGUUUUAUGAUCGCGAUGAGUGUGUAAGAAUAGCAAAGACUAUUGAAAGACUAGUCAAAGAGGUAACUAAUAUUAAAAAUUUGAUGGAAUCUAGAUUGAAAGGUAGUGAUUUGCACAAAGCUCAGCCCGAAACUCCUGAUGGGACUUCAAAAAGAGUGAUGGAUUUCUUUGCUAGGGCAGGAUCGAAAGCUCCUUCACAACCUCCAGGAAUGAGAGUUCCGCCACCAGGACUCCCUUCUAUGUCUAGAGAAAAGCAGUUAUCUGAAGUCAACCCUUUGUUACAGCGAUUAAUGUCUAAUCCUAAUCCUAUAACUGUUGAACAGUUGGAAAAACAACAUAGAAGCUCGCCUCAAGACAUUCAAAAGAUAAGAGCAAAACCUGGAAUAAUGAAGAAAGAAAACCAAAGGAGGCCUUUGACACUUCCCGUUCAUAACAGCCCCAAGAUUGAAAACGGUAUGAAUUUACUUAAUUUAGGGGAAUCGCCACCGCAGGGGUAUACACCUUCCUCCAUAUCAACACAGCAUUUCUUCAAUUCUGGCAUUACACAUUCCCCUUCAGAACCGCUGGAAGUAAGUGUUUUGGAACAGUCAAUGGAGACGCCUACCAAACCUGCCCUUAUACCUCCAGUGAUGUUCGCCUCUGCGAAAGAAGAGACACCUCUGGUCGUAAAACCUGAGCCAUUAACCAAAAGUCAGUUACUGCAAGCAGUGACCUAUCUUCUGAAGAAUGAUGCAGAUUUCAUAAAUAAGCUUCAUGAGGCUUAUGUGAAAUCGUUUGUUGACAUGGUUUCCUAAGGUAAAUAUGUAACAGCGUCUAGAUCACCGAAUGUAAAUCAGUAUUGACAAUAAAAUACAUACAAGUAAAUAUUUUAGCUUUAAAUGUGGGAUUGUGUAUAAUGUCGAUCAAGGAUUCUUCCUUGGAAAAUAUUGUAUAUAUUGUAUUAAUUUUUUUUUUAGAUUUAAGUAUUUUUUAUAUUUUAGGCCGAAAAGAGUGUAGUAUAGUGUGUUGUGAGUAAUGAAAUUUUAUAUAUAAAUUACUAUACAAUGCUGUGAUAUUUUCAACCCGUAAUGUAAAGGAGGUAUUUAUUUUCUCCUUUUGAUCUAAUGGGUUCUACGCUCUGUAACUGUACGAUAUUAGGCCGAUUUGUUUAAUUUGAUAUGUAUAAAUAUAAAUAUGUAUGUAUUUAGAGAAAAUUCCCACUUGACUUCAAAUUCUACUUGUAUGCAUUCAGUUUGUCAUGUUUGUUUUUUUUUAAUUAAAAAAACAGUUUUAAUUGUUUUUGUUUUAUUUUUGAAAAGUCUAUUGAAUAUAUAUCGUACCUGUACGAGUAAUUUGAUUCUGUGAUUUAGACGUAGUUUUAAAAAGAAGACAUUUGUAUAGUAUUUUUUUUGGCGACAUGCGAAACAUAUUUUAUUUUAAGAUGACGAAGAGCUCUGUAUGCAGUGAUUCAAUCUAUGACGUCAAUAAAUACUAUACACCGAC